AUGGUCUUCUGCGCUUAUUGCGGGAAGUCCUUCACCAGAAAGGAACACCUGGAGAGACAUAUCCCAAGCCACACCAACGUAAAGCCCCACCGCUGCAGUGCCUGCCAGCUCUCCUUCGCACGACGAGAUCUUCUGCAAAGACAUCACUCAACAUACCAUGAGGCGCGGGACCCCAUGGAGCCGUUGCCUGGCGGUGUUCCCACAGUAGCUGGCCGGACACCAAUCGCCUGCCAAAACUGCGCCAACGCAAAGACGGGUUGCGAUAAGAGAGUACCUUGCUCGCGUUGCGCAGAGAAGAAUCUGCCCUGCGCAGCAAGAUUCGCCCGGAGAUCGUCAAAGGCCGCGGUCAGAGCUGCUCAAGCCAGCGCGGCUUUCCAACAACAAAUGAUGCCGACUGUGCCCCAACCGUCACAGCCAGCUCAGCCUGUUGCUUUCAUGGACCUCGAUCCAACCAUGCCCAAGCAAGACUCACCUGGCAAGAUGUCAACUGGAUCUCCAAUUGCCACCAUGGAUCCUCGCAUGAUGGAAGGCCCUGUGAAGAAGAGCUCACCAGCACAGUCACAUCCCAGCUCUGAUGACUUCCCAUCACCACACAGCCGGGUAGAUGGACUCGACGAGUUCAUGCAGCUCAACAGCGAUUUCAUCACGCCCGAUACGAAUUACCAAGAUAUGAUGGUCUGGCCUGAAUAUCCUCUGGAGCUCGACAUGUACUCCAGCCAGCUCCCGAUGUCGCGACCCGACAUGUCUAUGCCUAGCUUCACAGAACUGAGCGACAUGUCUUCAAGCUCAGCAUCAGAGCCAAUGACUGCCUCGUCUUCGCGAGGAUCUAUCCACACGCGAAGUACCAGCAUCAUGUCCACAGCUGACUUUGACACCACAAUGAAGCCAGCUGAGCAAACGUUGGGUAUGCCGAGUGAAUCGGCGAUUCCAGAGUUCGAAGUCGUCAUUGCCGCCGAGGACUCAUGGCCACUCGCUCGAUGCAAUCCGCCCAUCUAUUCCGGCACAUGCCCAAGGACCGCGAUCGUGCACUUGGAAUGCCUGGAGAGAAAGUCAAAGGAAGACGGUACCUGGAGCUCGCUCGAGAAGUACCUGGAGAACGUCGAUUGGGACACCACCGAUGCCUCUGUCGUUCCUCUCACAUCUCGUACUCGCGACCGCAUGCUGGCCAUCACGCAGUCAUUCCUCCAGAAAGCGCUUGACAUUCACCGAAGCGGGCUCAGCAAUGGCUACUCCAAGACUGGGUACGCCACGCCUAGCGAGUUCAAUUUCAUUGUUUUGCCGCCCACAAAGAUUCUCGAAUAUUUCCUCCGCAGCUACGUUCGUAGCUUGCAGUACUACUACCCCCUCAUUGUUGCAGGAUGCGUUGACCCCAACGAGAUGCUGUUGAACAACCAGGCGUCGACAUUGCUGCUUCUGUUGAUGAUCGCGCAAGGCGCUGCGGCAGUGCCGAUGGCUGAGGCACGUUACCUCGCUGCCGGUCUGACGGAAACCUGUCGCAUCUCACUCUUCGAUAUCAUCGAGAAGGAUGUCGAGCUAUCUGCGGACCCCGUCGCCUUGAGAUGUGCACUUCUCUUCACCCUCCAAGGUGCUUGGAGUGGUGACAAGUGGUUGAUGGACAUCUCGAUGGGACAACGGGGAAUGUACUUGUCGAUGCUCAAACACGCCGGCAUGUUGGAGCCUCAACCAUCCAUGAUCCCCACGUUGAACAGCACGACAAGCACCGAGCUUCAAUGGCGGGCUUGGUUGCAUCGCGAGAUGCAGAACAGGCUUGUAUACAACUGGGUCAUGUGUGACCAGGAGCUCAGCCUGUUCCAUGAUACCCCGCCGCAGUUGGCCAUCACCGACCUGCAAUGCCCGCUCCCCAGCCCUGAGGCUCUUUGGCUUGCAUCCAACUCAGAGCAGUGGUUCGCAAAUGUCCAGAAUCUUUACGGUUGCACCGCGAAUGUCAACCCGCAGCUUCUGUCUAGCCCUUCCCUCACUCCCUCUUUGUGCGAGCUAUUCCAAGACUUCCUCCACGACAACCUCUCCCGCCGCCAAGCCGGCCUGUCUCCGCAACAGCUUCGCCUUCUCCUUCACCCCCUCCAGUCCCUUCUCUGCCACCUGAGGCAAAUGCUCUCCUGCUUCUCCGAUGUUCUCUCUACCCGUCGCGCGACUUCGAGGACUGUGACCAAGUCGAGCACCAUGCUCCGCCUGGAAGAGGUUCAAGCACUUCUCCAGAAGUGGUACGAGCUCACCAUGCUGUACUACAAGAGCAACCCCAACUGCACGACCACGCGCUGCAACCUGGUCCUUUACCACCUCAUCUCCCUCAACGCCGUCACCAACUUCCCAGAGAUUGAGCGUCUCGCCCGUCGCGACGGCUUCGACGGCUCUUACUGGGAGUUGAGCCUGCGCCACAAGCGCUGCGUCUACAACCGCGAGGAGGCCAUAUUCCACUGCGGUCAGGUCCUGCGUCUCCUGCGCUCCAUGCCUGCCGACCGCCGCCCGUGCUGGUGGGCCGCGGGUGUCUACCGCGCGACCCUAAUCCUCUGGGCCGACAGCGUCGCACGUCUCGACCCCAACUUUCAAAAGGCUCAGCAGGCCCAACAGCAGUCUUCAUCCCCAUCUUCUCAGCACCAGGGCCAAAGCCCCGAGCAUCUUAGCGGCGCUGGCGCCUCUAAUGCUGCCGCGGGCGGACAGCACGGUAGCGGAAAUGUCGUUGCCAUUGACCAGGUCACACCGGAAGACCCGUCCGUCAUCUCCUACCUGUGGAGCGGGGGCGACGGAAUCGCCGUCCUGACCCGCCGUGACGGCACCACGCUGGGCUUGGACAAGCCUGCCGAGGUGAUCAACUACGGCAUCAUGGCCAUUGAAGAGGGCGUCACUUGCCGUGUCGGCGAUGGUAUUAGACGCAAGCUCAUCACUCUCAACAACAACUGGAACGUUAAUGGCCUCGCCAACACGGCCACCGCGUAA